CAGCCGGAGCGGAGCGGAUCAAGCCAAACCAAUUGGAAUGGCCUCUGCGGGCAAGCAACAGUUUCAGUUCAGUUGGAACAGAGCGCUCAGUUGCUCCUAACAAAUCACUCUUGAGUGACGAACAGAGUGUUUUUGGAACGAAGAGCACGAGAAGUAUAAACAAACAAAAGCGGCUCUCCCAGCGGUGGCUAUGAAAAUGAUCGGCAGCGACUACGUACUGGAAGCCCACAACAUUUUCCACACCACCGAGGUGGAUGGUGGUGGCUGUUUCAAUGGAGCCGGCAAUUCGGCCCUGGUACUCAAAGGCGUCAAUCUGACCGUGCACAGCGGCGAGGUUAUGGCCAUUCUGGGCUCGAAGGGUAGUGGCAAGAGAGCUCUUUUAGAUGUUAUUUCUAGACGUGCCGAUGGAGCAACUCGUGGUCAGGUGCUACUCAAUGGAUCUCCGCUUUCCAAGGCAUUGUUCCAACAGAGAUGUGGCUAUGUCACCCAAUCCUGCACCUUUGUUCCUGGUCUUACGGUGGCCCAAACACUACACUAUACCCCCACUAUAUUAAGUGGCUAUCUGAAGAGUUCUAAAGUGCGGCAAGUGCUGGCCGAUUUGGCCCUUUCCCAAGUGGCGCACAAGAGAGUGGAGUAUCUUAACAUCAGUGAGGCGCGUCGUUUGGCCAUUGGAAUACAGUUGGUCAGAGAUCCUGUCAUGCUAUUGCUGGAUGAGCCGACCCAUGGCCUGGAUCCCUUGAGUGCCUAUCUGCUGAUAUCCAUUUUGUCCAACACGGCCAAGAAGACGGGCUGCGGAAUUCUUUUGUCGCUGGAGAAGCCUCGCUCCGAUGUGUUCCCAUUCCUGGAUAGAGCACUAUUCCUCUGCCUAGGCGGAGUGGUCUACUCAGGAGGCACUCGUGCCAUGCUGGAGUACUUCCAUGGCAUCGGAUUCCCUUGUCCUCAGCUCGAGAAUCCUUUGAUGUACUAUCUCUGCCUGUCCACUGUGGAUCGUCGUAGUCGCGAUCGAUUCCUGGAGUCUAGCCAGCAGAUCGAGGCGCUGGUGGAACGUUUCUCCCGGGAAACACCGAUCUCGGAUGCCCCUCUAAACAACAUGGGAUCUGGCAAAGUGCCCCUGGCAUAUGGAAAGCCUGGAGAGCUUAAAGUUUGGGUUAUGUUGUAUCUGAAACUACUGGCAUCAACCUUCUCCUGUGGACUCGUUGGUAUGAAGACACUAUUUCUGCGCCUUUUGCUACUUCCUUUGGCUUUAAGCAUCCUAUGGGCAUUUUACACAGAUGUCGGGGACGAUUCCCAUGGAUUCUUCACCAAAAACGGCAUGAUCCUCAAUAUUUUGGGGUUGUCGUACGGUUGUGGAAUUUUGACUACCAUAUCUCUAUUUCCCAUUUGGCGCAAAAAGUUCUCGCAGGAUACUCCAGAGGGUCUCUAUUCGGGCACCACUCUACUGAUUGCCUACAACUCCGUGUCCAUACCAUUCUCCGCCGUAUCUGCCGUCAUAGCCAGUUGUGUUGUGUAUCCUCUGUUGUUGGAUGUGAAGUACAACAAUGGUACUGUCUUCGCCUACUUGCUAGUGGCCCUGUGGUCCAGUUUUGUGCUGGCUGAACAGCUCACGAUCGCGUUUCUUUUGGUGGUCAAGGUUCCCUUCAACGCAGCCAUUGCGGUGACCUAUGUCCUUGUCGAAAGUAUUGCACUGGCUAGUGGAACUGUGCGCUCCUUCAAGGGACUUCAACCUUGGCUGCAGGACACCACGAAGGGCACUCACACACGCUACGCAUCCUCAUUGCUGCACAGCAUCGCCUUCCAGUCGAGGAAACUCAACUGCACUCCCACCGCCUCUGUGAUCUGCCCCAAAGCAGCGGAUUUCAUGCACGAGCGACUUGGACUGCCGGAUCCCGAUGAAACCAUCGAUGUGGCCGCUUCCUGCGCUUUUGCUGUAGGCUUGGCCGCCUUUAAUAUGCUGGUUUACCUAUUCCCAAUGCCUAGAUGUGUUCGCCAGAAAUUUAAGGACUAAGGAUUCAAAUAUCAUGUUUGCAAGUUUUCACUAGAUUUAACUUUAAUCUAAUAAAAUAUUCUCAUUGUAUCUAUUUAAAA